AAAAAAAACGAUGAAAUCCCAUUAUGUCUUGAGAGAUUUUCGUACGCUGCUUUUUGUAGUUGCGCUUUGGAUACCAUGGACUGUUGUCGGUGCGACGUGUGUUAUCAAGGAUAAGGUUUCUCUUCAGCUUAAUUGGUUAUGGCAGGCCCAAUUUGCUGGAUUUCAGGCCGCAUCUUCGUUGGGGUAUUUUGAUGAAGAGUGCCUUAGCGUGCAAAUACGGCAGGGCGAGGCGACUUUUGAUGGAUUGUCGGAAGUUAGUGAAGGACGUGCCGUCUUUGGAAAUGCGUGGACUAGUGGGGUAGCCACGACUCAUUCCGCGGGAACGAAUCUGACUGUCAUCAUGCAGCAGUUUCAGCGGUCCGGUAUGAGGAUCGUUUCACGGUUGCGACCUGAUAUCCAGACAUUUCAAGAUUUGGAUAAUAAGACGUUUAGUGGGUGGAUGGUCAAUUUACUUGAUGUUUCACCUAGGGCUGCAUUCACUAAACAUAACAUGACCAAUGUGAAUCUGGUUCCUCAAAGCUUCACGCCUUUCAAGCUUUUCGCGACGGACGGUACAGCCGUCGAUGCGGUGAGCGUUAUGGUUUACAACGAGUUGGCUCAGAUUUUUGAAGUCCGCAACCCGCAAACUGGGAUGUUGUAUCAACCAGAUGAAUUGAAAAUCUUUGAUUUAAAUACUCUCGGGGCAGGUAUGCUAGAAGACAAUGUCUUUGUCCGCUCCGAUUGGCUAGAAGACGAGGAAAACAAAAACAUUACCAGACGGUUUUUGAGAGCCACUGCGAAAGGGUGGAUAUAUUGCAGGGAUAACGAGGAAGCUUGUAAGAGUAUGUUGUACGAUCAUGGUCCUCAUCAGGAAUGGAUGAUGAGAGAAGUCAAUCGUUUGAUAUGGCCAAGUCCUCUGGGCGUUGGCUUCAUGGAUCCGGGCUUGUUGAAUACCACUCUCAACAUGCUCAACAUUACGGGACACUUGCACCAUACCAGCAGUCCAUAUCCUCUCUCUGAUUCUUCAUACAUGCGAUGGGCGCUAGAUUCGCUUGAAAGUCAGGGAUACGAUGUGCGUGGGCAGAAUUGGUCAAAAUCUCAGUUGCAUUUCUGUAUGAAUUCUGGAGAGACAGCAUUCCACGUAUGCGACGACAUUGAAGCGACUAUCUGUCCUGCUGGUUAUUCAGCCAUUGCAGCCAACCAAUGUGUGCCGUGCCCGCCAGGUUCAUUUGCUCCUCAUAACGGAACGGGUAAUUCCUGUCAGGCAUGUCCCCCUGGCACUUUUUCAUCCCAAAAUGGAGGCCUCAAGGACCCAAAUGACUACCUGGAUGAACCUGGCGGUGUGCUUUGUUCAGGCUGUCCGUCCGGAACGCGGGUGGGAGCUGAUGGUAGAGUUAUUUGCGGAAAAGUGGGAUUUGAGGACUCUCUCGUCCAUCUCAUUGUGGCAAACAAAGCGCUGGUUGGGGCAUGGGCGGGCGCCAUGGGUCUAGCGGGAUUCUUAUUCUUUUACAUCAAGCGAACGGAACCCACUGCCGAUGCAGUUAUCAUGCCGUCGGCGGUAGCAUCCAUAUUGGAAACGAUUUUGGAUGCAGUUUUCCUGAACCUACUCGUUCAACAGGGCAGAAUGAACUACUUUGCGAUUGCCGUCACUGGAUUUGGCGGUCAUUUUCUGUUGAACAUCCUAAUCGUUGGCGUCUUUAUACACCAUGAGUUUCGGUUGGGAAGCGUUCGACGCUGGACAGAACAGCAUGUAAAUGCUCUUCCUCCCGUUGUUAUGCUGAGUGUGAUGAACCCUGAGCUUUUGGGAAUACUGUCAAGUAAAGUUCGAGGUUGGAAGUGGACUCAGGCUCCGUUUUCACCCAAAGGACUCGCUGCACUCAGGUUUUCCACAUUUGCGGCAUUUGUAGCAGGCAAAAUUCCCCAAGUUUGCGUUGAGAUUCUCAUCUUGCAGCGAGACGGUUGGCAUCUCGAUCCAUUUCUUGCUGCCGUUACAACCCUCGCCCUCCUCACAAAGGGUGUCAUCCACUACUUUGUUCUCAACAUUUUGAUUCUUUAUAAAAAGCGACGUGGAAAUAUGAGCUCUAAAGGCUCACAGAAUGGCAGCAGCCUGUCAAACAUUGGGCAUGUGGAAGCUGGUAGGAAAGUAUCUCGAUCUUGCAAUUUGGAUCCGGGACGCCUAAGAGAUGAGCUUGUGUUGGCUAAAAGACGGGUAAAAGAGUUGGAAGAGCUAUUGAGGGCGCAUGGGGAUGUAGAGAAUGCUUCUUUUCCGCCUGUGCUUGCAACUGGCAAGCUAGAUGACCAUUCUCCGAGCCCUCUUUCACAAGGAUUGAGAGAUGUUACUAAUAAGCCCAAUGGUGGAUCAGAAGCCGGUCUGGAGGUGUAGUUGAGCAGGAGCUGUAUCAUAUAUCAUAUUUAUUAGAGUUAUCUGCUUUUCUUUUCGUG